AUGUUCAUUCGGAAGAUAAACCGGGAGAGCGAGAGAAAGAGCACAGGCAUUGCAGAGUUAGACGUAUUAUUAGGGGGAGGAAUAAGAAAUGGCCAUAUUCUACUAUUAAUUCAACAGGAAAAUGUGAGAUAUCACAUAGGCAUACACAGAAUAUUCAUUUCAAAUGGUCUCCAGGAAAAUGACAAAGUCAUUCACCUCUCCAUGGAUAAUCCCAUUCUGUCUAUUCCCAGUGCAGACGCAGCCCCCUCAAAAAGCACAGCAUGCUCUCCAAAGGAAAGAAUUGCAUGGAGAUACAGCACUGUCUCAAAGAUAAGCAAUACUUCUGCCAUAACAAGCCACACUUUGUAUAACAUGCGAGUACAGCACCCAAAGCACAAUGAAGUAACAAAUAUCCAAGAGAUAAAAGACUUACAGAUAAAUGAUAAAAACACAAGACUGUCAAUUAGUUCAUUUAUGUCACCCCUCUGGGAUAUGACAGAAGAUGAUGCAAAUAAUUUCUUUUUGUCUCUGAGGCAGAAAGUGCGUUCUACUAAUUCUGUGUGCAUUAUAUCUGUGCCUGUAUAUUUAUUGCAGGAUAUAAUGUACGGGUACUUUGAUUAUAUUGUAGAACUAAGUGAGCCAGUUGAAGGACUAAAAUAUGACGGUGUCUUGCAGUGCAUAAAAACAGAGACACAUGACAGACAUAAAUACGGGGUAGUAUGCAGUAGCACAGGAAUACGCAUAGAAAAGAUAGUAUUACCACCAGAGGCAUAA